AUGUCAUUGUCAAACAUCAUCAACAACACCAAUGGUGCGAACGGCGCGGCACACGAUCCUCUUGACAGCCUUUUGGAAAGCGUAACGGCAUCCGUACACGCCUUCAAGACCGGGAGGCAGGAGCGAGACCGCGUAGCUGCCCUCAAAGCAGCCCAGGAGCUGGUCCGAUCUCUGCACCAACCCAAGGACAAUGUCUAUCAUCUGGUUUACUCGCCAACACAAGCCAUGUGCGUCCGCAUGGGGAUUGACUUGGAGAUCUUCACGACGCUUAGCAAGAGCACGGAGCCAUUGUCUCUCAAGGACCUUGCGGCUGUCAAGGGCGCCAAUCCCCUCAUUACUGAACGCAUUCUUCGGGUUCUUGCCGGGAUUGGUUAUGUCGAGGAACAUGAUGUCCACCUCUACAAGGCGACACGUAUGACACAGCAGAUGGCUGAUCGGGACAGUGUCGCAGUGGUAAAGUUCAUCUACGACUAUGGCAUGUCAACUGUGGCCAAGAUCCCCGAGUUCCUCCGAAGCCAUAACUACCAGUUUGUCGACGGGCUUACCUCCGGGCCCUGGAACUAUGCGAUGGGCCAUGAGGAGGUGAUAUGGAACUGGUUCGGCGCUGACCCGGAACGGCUUGAUGUCUCGAGUAGCUUUAUGGAGGCGGAUCGCGGCAGUCGGCCCAGUUGGGUAGAGUGGUGCUCGCUUCCUGCACAGCUGGUUAAGACCUUUGAUGAUACUUCGAAGGAUGUCUUUAUGGUCGAUGUGGCGGGAGGAAGGGGUCAUGAUCUCAGGACGUUCAUGGACAAGUUCCCUGAUGUCAAGGGGAACUUUAUCCUUGAAGACAUGGGGCAUGUUAUCGAGCAGAGUGUCGAGGGACUGCAGGCCGAGAAGAUUGCGUUUGAUUUAUUCAGAGAACAGCCGAUUAAGGGGGCGCAUGUUUACUACAUGAAAUUUAUCCUCCACGACUGGUCCGACGACCAAUGCCACCAAAUCCUCACACGUAUCGGGGAGGCCAUGCGCCCCGGCUCAAAACUUAUUAUCGAGGAAUUCAUCCUCCCAGAGAAGGACUGUCCCAUGCUCUCAGCCAUGUGGGAUUGGGAGAUGAUGGUCUUCUGCAACAGUUUGGAGCGGUCGGAGACUCAUUGGACGAAGGUCCUGAGUGAGGCUGGAUUCACAGCAAAGUUCUAUUAUCCCCCAGGGGAUGGACAGGGAAUUAUCGAGGCGGAGUUGAAAUAG